GUCAGGGUGCAGCCUAUUGAGAUGGUCCAAGCCUUACAUGAGCACGCCUACCGAGACCUCUGAUAGGACCGGGGCGCCAGGCGCAACGAAAGCUCCCCCUGACUAAUGUAUUUCAUUUCAAAGACGUUCAAAGAGCAGGAAUCCACAGACAAAUAUUCCGCAAAGCCAACGAACGGCAAAGUGGAUGUUUGUUUUGACCCGUGGAAUACUCAGAGGACCACGCGUGGAGUUUGACAGCUGGGAAACACUUGGUGCCUUUCCACUGUUCUGUGAAGGAAGUGUUGGCCAACUGGAUAGCUUGCAUGUGUGAGGCCACACCCAGCAAUGGAACCCUGGCCUAUUGGGGCCUGGGUCCUACUGCUGGCUCUCAUUGCUGAUUGGCUAACAACUACCGAAUCCCGGGACUUCACAGUAAAGGACAUCAUCUACCUCCAUCCUUCAACAACGCCAUACCCAGGUGGGUUCAAGUGUUUCACCUGCGAGAAUGCAACUGACAACUACAACUGCAAUCGCUGGGCUCCGGACGUGUACUGCCCAAGAGAAACCAGAUACUGCUACACCCGCCACAAGAUGGACUUUCAAGGGGACAGCUUGUCUGUGACAAAGCGUUGUGUGGCCCUGGAGGAAUGCCUCUCUACCGGGUGCACUGAAGUUGACCAUGAAGGAAACAAGGUCUGCACUGCUUGCUGCGAGGGGAACAUCUGCAACCUGCCACUGCCCUGGAACGAAACGGACGCAGUCUUCGCCACCACCUCUCCGAUCAACCGCACCGGCCAGCUCGCACAGAGCCCGGCCGCGUCCUGCUUCAUCGCCAUCGUCAUCCUCCUCAUUUUCAGCCAUGCAUAAGAGUAAUACAGGCCAAAUUAGACGUUUGCAAAAAAACAAAAACAAAAAAAAAGAACAAACAAAAAAACAUUUCACAGUUUAUUAGUUGGACAAUUUUUAACUUGCUUUUUUACCCCUCUCUCCAGUAUCAGGACAGUGAUCAAACUGUAGAAAUAGAUGUUUGCAGCAGCAUGUUCAAACCUCUUUGGUUUUUAAAGUUUUGUUGUCUUGGGAGCUAGUUUGUCUUUUAAUUAGCAGACACUUGGCUGGAAGAGUGAUACUGUACUUUUGGCAAAUUUGAAAGGAUUUUUUAAGUAAACAUAAUUAUAAUGUUGCAUUUCUGUGUUGAAUGUGUAAUAUAUAUAUGUACAUAUAUAGUAUUUAUUUUUGUACAAUGUAUUGAUUCUUAACAACAGUGUUGAAGUUUUUGCAUUUAGGUCAGAACAUGCAAGAUUCGAGACUCUGGGAUUAAUUUCCCCCUUAAAACUAAUAACAAGCUUUCAUCCAUUAAUGCCACAUGGGAAAGUAUUUUUAACAAGCCCUGUGGGUUAUCAAACAUUUGCUUACAUCUUUGCAUGAUUUGGUGGAAAAUUGCUGUUUCUAUUUGAUGUUCCAUUUCAUAUAUGCCUUUGUUUUAUAAAUAGUAUUUUCCGAGACACGUUUUUUUGCUAAUACUGUUUUUUUUUUAACUUGCUUUUCUUAUCACAAAACUUUGUAAAAUGAGUUCAUGAUUUUUCUAUAGGUGUCAUUAAGGCAAGAUAAUGGAUCAUCUUCUAAAUUAGGACAUUUUAAUAGGUUGUUUGUUAAAAUAUGAAUGUGUUGUCACUGAUUCUAAUGGAACUAUUGUCAUAACAUUCAUAUAUUCUAAGACUGAAAGGACUGAACUCUGUGUUUUGUGAAUUCUUAAGUCAAAGGUGUCACGCUGAAGUCUGAGAAGGCUGCGUUGUCUGCAGUUUGUUGUGGUUUCCUUUCCAUCAGCACCUAAUUUAAGGCCUUGGGAACAAGUGGAUUUGCGGAUCCUUAAGCCAAUCGACUUAAAUGAAUCAGUGGUGCUGAAACACACUGAAAAACAGCAGGCGCCGUGGCCUUCAAGGACUGGGUUCUGCCUCCUGUGGCUUCAGGCAGCCUGUCCUGGUUUAGAGUUUCCCUUUCCUGUGGCAUGUGGCUGUGGGCCGCACGUAUGUGGUCAGUUUGCUGGUGAUGUGGUCAGUGUGAAAAUGCAGAGGUUGCAAGUACAGUGUUAUUGUUCCUGUAGCUGCAUAGUUUAUUUAGGCCGACUGCUCGUGGGCUGUGAUAGAUUAACUUCCUCUGUCAUCUAUUGUGUUUUUAAUCCCCCGUAUCAGCUACUGUGCGGGGUUAUGACUAGA